AUGCACAUCCCCAGUGAGCUGACCAUUGAAUUGGUGAUCAUGUUUUUCUGUAGCGCUGUGUUCUUGCAGAUUUUCUACCCCAGCAAGGAUGGCACAAAGAUUCCAAUGUUCAUUGUGCAUAAAAAGGGCAUAAAAUUGGAUGGCUCUCAUCCUGCUUUCUUAUACGGCUACGGCGGCUUCAACAUAUCCAUCACGCCCAACUACAGCGUGUCCAGGCUCAUCUUUGUGAGACACAUGGGCGGUGUCCUUGCGGUGGCCAACAUCCGAGGAGGUGGCGAGUACGGAGAGACGUGGCAUAAAGGUGGUAUCUUGGCAAACAAACAAAACUGCUUUGAUGACUUUCAGCAUGCGGCAGAGUAUCUUAUCAAGGAAGGUUACACAUCUCCCAAGAGGCUGACUAUUAAUGGAGGUUCAAACGGAGGCCUCUUAGUGGCUGCUUGUGCAAAUCAGCGCCCGGACCUCUUCGGUUGUGUUAUUGCCCAAGUGGGAGUAAUGGACAUGCUGAAGUUCCAUAAAUACACCAUCGGCCAUGCCUGGACCACCGAUUACGGGUGCUCAGACAGCAAACAACACUUCGAAUGGCUUAUCAAAUACUCUCCGUUGCACAACGUGAAGCUCCCGGAGGCAGACGACAUCCAGUAUCCGUCCAUGCUUCUCCUCACCGCCGACCACGAUGACCGCGUGGUCCCACUCCACUCCCUGAAGUUCAUCGCCACCCUUCAGUAUGUCGUGGGCCGGAGCCGGAAGCAAAGCAACCCCCUGCUUAUCCACGUGGACACCAAGGCCGGCCACGGGGCCGGGAAGCCCACGGCCAAAGUGAUAGAAGAGGUCUCAGAUAUGUUUGCGUUCAUAGCGCGGUGCUUGAACAUCGACUGGAUCCAGUAAACGGACUCUCCCUCUCCCUCCCGACAGCCGCAGAAAACCUCAAGGGCUUUCCCACCGUUCACACGGAGAAACCACUGGGCAUAAUGCUCCCCCCACGGACACUAUUCCUGCACUCACAGACUGCAGUUGAACAGAACUGCUGCGGGAAUUUUAUCUUUUUUAGGCUUCUCCUUUUUAGCAAGCCCUUGGUGUUUCUUUUUCCACCCUGUGCAGGCACAUGUUUUAAAAAAAAAAAAAAAAUUAAAAGGCAUGUUUGGAUCAAUAGCUAAGUGGCAGCCAACACAUUGUGAAUAUUAGAUUGCUGAAUUCAGAGUCGUAGUCGGGCAUACUUCAUCUAGAGCACUCAAUGAAAUCUGCUUCUAUAACCAUAACCGAUAUAGCUUUAAAUGUGAGAACUGUUCUCAUGAAAAAGACUUCUUUGCAACAAUAAUAAAUGUUAUUUAAGAAUGGGA